GCGGCGGCGGCCCGAUGACGAAUCUCGCCGCGCUGUCCAGCCAGCUGGCCUCCGCCAUCGCGCGCGUCGAGCUGCAGCGGGCCGCGCUGGAGGAGGCCCUGCUCCGCAUCUCCGGCGAGGCGCAGACGCUGCAGGCCGCCGCCGCCUGCCUCCUCGACGCCGCAGCGACGCAGGGCGGCGUGCUGGAGGCGCUGCAGGCGGCGGCGGCGCAGAACAAUGGCGGAGGAGGCGGUGGCGCGCACGCGCUCAAGCCGCCGCGGCCCACACCGACGCCGCUCGCCGCCGCACCGCCCGCCGCACCGCCCGCCGCACCGCCCGCCGCACCGCAGCGUGCGCCGCCGCCCGCCGCGCCUCCAGCUGUCGCUUUGGCCGCGCAGCCGCGCGUCGCGUACGUGCCCGAGGCGCGCCGCGCCGUCAUCGAGCCGGAGAUGUCGGACGACGAAGGGAUCGAGUACGUCUCGGGCGCCGCGGUGCGGCAGGUCUCGGGCGGACAUCCCGGAGGCGCGCCCGUGCUCGGCGGGACUCUGCAGGCCAGCGCAGAGUUUGUCGGAGGGCCGAGCAAGGGCGAGGUGAGCUGGUACAGGCUUCGAGGCGGGAGGGAGGAGCCAAUCUCUGGUGCCGAUGGACUGUCGUACACUCCCACGGCGGACGACUUUGAGUUGCGGUUGCGUGUCGCCUUCUCCUCAGUCGUGGGCGGCGACCCGGUGACAGUGGACACGCAGCCGGUUGGGGCAGACGCAGGCUUCAUGGCGGAGCUAAACAAGCAACUUGGCUCGCUGCUGGGCAAGCGGAGCGGCGAGGCGAGCUUCAGCGUGCGCGGCGGCGGGGGCGAGGGCAGGGUGGUUGUGCUGUCGCGGGACAAGCUCAAGGUUCGCAAGAAGGGGCGGGUGGGGAGCGACCAGACGCUGCUCAAGGCGGAGUUCUCGGAGGGGCUCAGCCUGGCAAUGGACCCGUUCGAUGACGUCCGCUUCGAGGUGCUGCCGGAGGGGAGCGAGCCUGUCGACCUGUCGGCAGACUCGCGGCGCGGGCGCGACAUGCUCGUCCUGAUUGCACGGCGCCUCUCGCCGGCGUCCGGCGCGACCCACGCCCGCGCGGCAGCGGCGGAGGAGGAGGAGGAGGGCGGCUUCAUGGACGACCGCAAGCGAGGCUGCUUCUCGGACCACGAGGAGGCGGGGUCGGCCAGCGAGGGCGACGGGGAGGAGGACUUCAAGCCGAAGAUGAGGAUCUCGAUCCGCAACACGCCCGCGCCCGCCGCCGCCGCGCCCAUCGCCCUCGGCCUGCCUCCGCCCGCCCCCGCGCGCCGCCGCUCCACCUCGGACACGCUCAGCGGAGCCGCGGGGGGGGGGGGGCCGCCGCCGCCGACGCCGUCCCUUGAAGAAGGGGGGUUUCCCCUCGCCGCCCCGCCCGCCGGCGCCUGCUACCAGCUGCAGGUGAUCGAGCGGGUCGACGCGCGCUUCGAGGGGCGCGAGAUGCGCCAGUUCGCGACGGCGGGGGAGGUGCGCGUGCUGCCGCUCUCCGGGCGGCCGCAGCCGCCGGGCGGCGUCUCCUUCUCCCUCGCCCUCGGGUCUGCCGACAAGGUGACGGCGGUGCGAGAGAACGGCACGCUGCUGCAGAGCGCCGGCGGCGGCAGCUACAAGGUGAAGCUGCCGCCGUCCCUCGGCGCGCCGGCGUCGCUGCUCAAGUACAGAUGA